AUUUAUUUCAGAAAAAUAUUUUUAAGGCUGAGAACUAAAAUUGAAUUGGUUGAUUGGUAGAGUUGAAUGCGCAACGGUCCAUCUCAGGGCGAAAUCUGGAAAUGAAGCCCCACCACGCUCAACGUGGCAUCACUUUCAGGUCACUCCACCUCCAUGCAACGCCGCUCAACCGCCGUCCAUUUCACCCGCCGGAAGUUCAGCACCGCCGAGACUUCCCGCGCCACUUGAGGUUUUCAGUCCGCUGCGGCGACACUCGGGCGGAGAGCGACUCGAGUAGUCAGGCGACGAGGGGGAUGAGGAGGCGAGAUGUGCUCGUCACGCCUUUACUCGUUCUCGGAGCUAGUGUGCUCCGUUCCGCGGUUGCGAGAGCGGACGAGAAGCCGCAGGAGAGUUCCGCGCCGCAGUCCGCCGCGGCGGCGGUGACGGCGGCAGAGGCUCCGUCGUCCGUGCCGAAGGCGGAGGAAAAGGAGGAGGUGAUAAAUUCGAGGAUUUACGAUGCGACGGUGAUUGGAGAGCCGUUGGCGGUGGGGAAGGACAAGAGGAAGGUGUGGGAGAAGCUAAUGAGCGGUCGGAUUGUGUAUUUGGGGGAAGCGGAGCAAGUUCCGACCCGUGAUGAUAAGGAAUUGGAGCUUCAGAUUUUGAAGAUUUUGCAGAAGAGAUGUGCUGAGGAGGAGAGGCGUAUUUCUUUGGCUUUUGAAGCGUUUCCUUCUAACCUACAAGAACAACUGAACCAGUACAUCUCUGGAAGAAUUGAUGAAGAAAGCUUAAGGUCUUAUGUAACACAUUGGCCGCCUGAGCGGUGGCAGGAGUAUGAACCUCUGUUAACUUACUGCCGCGAUAAUGGUGUUCGGCUGGUUGCGUGUGGUUUACCACUAGAGGUCCAACGAACAGUUCAAGCAGAGGGUAUUCGUGGCCUUUCUAAAGCAGAUCGUAAGAAGUAUGUCCCUCCAGCUGGUUCAGGCUUCAAUUCGGGUUUUACUUCAAUUUCACGCAGAGCAUCUAUUGAUAUAAAAUUGCCGAACCAGUCCACUCCAUUUGAAUCAAGCUCAUAUUUUUCUACACAAGCAAGAGUGGUUGAAGAAUAUGCUAUGUCUCAGACUAUCUUACAAGCUGUUGCAGAUGAUGGAAACACUGGUUUGCUUUUAGUUGUCACAGGUGCAACUCAUGUAAUGUAUGGAUCAAGGGGGACAGGGGUGCCGGCCAGAAUUUCCAGGAAGAUGCAAAAGAAAAAUCAAAUUGUUAUAUUACUUGAUCCUGAGAGGCAACAAAUAAGACGAGAGGGAGAAGUACCUAUUGCUGAUUUCUUGUGGUACUCUGCAGCUCGACCUUGUAGCAGAAAUUGCUUUGAUCGUGUUGAAAUUUCACGUGUGAUGAGUGCAGCUGGCAGGAGGCGAGAUGCCUUACCUCAGGACCUUCAACAAGGAUUAGAUCUGGGACUUGUAUCACCAGAAAUGUUGCAGAACUUUUUUGAUUUAGAGCAAUAUCCUUUUAUUUCAGAAUUAACUCAUCGUUUUCAGGGUUUUAGAGAGAGACUAUUGGCGGAUCCUAAAUUUCUACAUCGACUAGCUAUUGAAGAAGCUAUAUCAAUAACAACUACACUCUUAGCACAAUAUGAAAGGCGUAAAGAAAACUUUUUUGAAGAGAUUGAUUAUGUUAUAACAGAUACUUUUAGGGGAAUAGUUGUAGACUUUUUUACAGUGUGGCUUCCUGCCCCUACAAUUUCAUUCCUACCAGUCACUAAUGAUGUUGAUGUGCCUGAAAGCAUGGAAGCAGUUAAAGGUCUCCUGAACUCCAUCCCAGAUAACGCAUUUCAAAAAAGUCUUGCAGGGAAGGACUGGGGUUUGAGUCAUAGGGUAGCAUCAGUGAUUAUUGGUGGUUUUAAAUUGGCCGGUGUAGGAUUCAUUUCAAGUAUUGGAGCAGUGGCAUCCUCCAAUAUAUUGUUUGGAGUACGCAAAAUACUAAGCCCAUCACUUGCUAGGGAACUACGGAAUAAGCGAUCUCCAAUACUGAAAACAGCACUUGUAUACAGCACUUUUCUGGGAAUAUCAGCAAAUUUAAGGUAUCAGAUAAUUGCUGGAGUAGUAGAGCACCGAAUUUCAGACCAGUUCUCUGACCAGACUAUACUUGUAAAUAUGCUAUCUUUUGUCGCUCGAACAAUCAACUCAUACUGGGGCACCCAGCAAUGGAUAGACCUUGCACGGUUUACAGGACUUCAAGCUCGAACAACUGAACCUGAUCCCCAACUUAAUCCAGAAUCCUCAAAUGCUGCAGUUGGUUGCAAUAUUGCCGCAGAUGAUACAAAUAUUGAUGAAAUCAAUAAUCAAUAGUUACACUUUCCCUUUUCCAGCUUUAUUGGAAGCUUCUCUCAUAAUAUGUAAGCAAAAGUUUUGGUUCUUCAUCUUCGAUUUAAAAUUUAUACAUUCCGUCAGAUCCAAAUUUUGUUAAGCACAUUCUGAAAUUUCAGAUUUGCGUUCAUAUUGAACCACGUGAUGUAAAUAACAGAUGGAUAUUGUAUAUUUGAAUGAUAUAAAAUUCACUGUUUGCUUC